UUCUAAUUCAUUUAUCAGCGAAGGUCUACUUUAUUCGGUUCGUUUAUAAUUUUUGAUUCAGUUCGUGUACGAAACAAAUAAAAACCAAAAAAAUCAUUUUACACCAAAAAAAUGACCAAAAUUUGGUAAAAAUGAUCGAGGACGGAUUUUCACCAUUGGAAGACAAAACGAGAUGCCAGAAAUGGCAGCGAAACUGGCAUCAAGAGAGGUCUCUAAUCGGAGGAAUCUUAUUGAUGAUAAACAGUGGCAUGCAUGUGUCAUGGUCGAUUUUUAAUGGGGAAUUCGGAAGUCAGGCCUGGGCGGAGGAGGCCACUGUAUUCGAAGUGUUGUUCGUUCAGAUUGGCUUCUUUAUUGGAUCGAUCGUUGGUGGAUUUAACAGUGGAUAUUUUGUGGACAGUUUGGGAAGACGUAAAGUCAUUGGACUUGGUAUCGCUGCUCAACUAAUUGGUUCGAUUAUAACAAUUUUUUCCGCCAGAUCGGUGGUUGCGUUAAUCUUCGCCAGGGUGAUAUCAGGAUAUGGUCAUGGUACUGCAUAUCUUGCCCUAAUGAUCUACGCCGCCGAAAUAUCAACGAAUCAAAAUCGUGGAAAACUAAUCAGCCUGAUCCACAUGGGCUUCGUGUCUGGUAUUGUACUGUUUUCGGUAAUGGUUCCAUUUACCGUCGCCGAAAAACAAAUUGAAAUCGUCCAUUUGAUGGGAGUGUUGUCCGGAGCUCUGGCCGUCGUAGCGUUACCCCUUCAUCAUUUCUUCACGUAUGAAUCGCCGGCAUUCCUAAUCAAAGUCGGUAAUGAUUUGGAUGGUCAAGAGAAUCUAGUCAAGUUCAGGAAUGAUAAGUACAUCACACCCGAAAUUCGUGACGAAUUUCAGGGCCUGAAAGAUAUGGUGAUGAGAGAUUCCAGAUUCGUUGGAAGCAUCUGGCGAUUGUCGUCAUUCUAUUUUCUGCUAUUUUUGAAAAUGCUUAGCGUUAUCGUGUUCAAUUAUCCGCUGAACGUUACACGAAUAAAUUUAGCCAAAGCAACGAUCACUUCACUGCAAGACUAUCCAUUUCAGCCGCUCCUUCUCUCUGCCAUCCGAUUUCUCUUCAGUUUGGUCAUUGUAUUUGUCAUUGACGGUACCGGUCGCAAACGUUCGCUCUCUUGGAGCGUACGGACAAGUUUCAUUGCCAUGCUCGUUCUAUCCAUCGGAUACGUAGCAUCCAGUCAAACGAUUCCAAUCAUUUUCAAUUUUGCUUUCGAAUUAUUUUCGAGUAUGGGAACGUUGAUGACAAUCGACGUGUACUCCGGCGAAGCACUCAAUAUGGCUAAAAAGGGAAUCGGUCUCAGUCUAGCCAAUUGUGUCGAGAAUUUAUUCCAAAUCGUUCUACUGUCGAUUGGCAUUGGAUUCGGCAUUACGUAUGUAUGCUCGUCGGCUGUGCUAUUUGUUGCGGCUGCAUAUCUGCUUCUUUUCGUUUUCGUCAAUUUACCGGAAACGCGAAAGGUUCCGUUGCCAGAUGUGACGGGUAAAUUUACGGGGAUUUCGUUUAAAUUAUGUUUUUGUAAAAAUUAAAUUUAUAAUUUCGUGUUCGUGAGCGUGAUGUAGUGAUGUAGGAAUUGAAUAAACGAGAAUUUAGUAGGAAAC